AGUGGAGGAGGGAGAGGAAGAAAAGGAAGAAGAGGAGAGAGAGGAAGAAAGGGAAGAGGAGGAGAGAGAGGAAGAAUGGGAAGAGGAGGAGAAAGAGGAGGCUUGGUGUGCCACCUCUGUCGACAGCCAAGGGCGCGCCCUCACGACAGGGAAGUGCCCCAGCGAUUGGCGCGAUGCGGAUAUUUAUGCCAACAUCAUUAUACCACUGCCGCCCAAAGUACCGGAAACAGGUUGCGUUCCCUUCCGAUACGAAGGAAAAAUGGUGAGAGGAUGCGUAGGCGAAGAAGGGAAGGAGGAGAUGAUAGAGAUAGAGGAAGGAGAAGGAGUGACAAACAGGUCGACGGUGAGAGGCAGAUGGUGCGCCGCUGAGGUCGACAAGAAUCUCAAUAUCGUUGCAGUUAAGCCCUGCCCGAUUUUGCCUCCAGUCACUGAUCAGUUAUCGCCAGACAACGCCACUGCAUUCCUAGGUGAACGUGAACAGCCACUGACGACCAGUGAAUCUCCAGUUGUAAUUGAAAGACCACCACCAGCGACUACCAGUGAAUCUCCAGUUGAAACUGAACAGCCACCAUCUGUGACCAGUAAAUCUCCAGCUCCAACUGAAGUGCCACCUCUGUGUGUUCCCUUCCGAUACGGAGAAGAAAUCGUGAGCGGAUGCGUUGGCGAAGAAGGGGAGGAGCAGAUAAUCGAAAUAGAGGGAGAAGAAGGAGUGAUAAACAGGGGGACAGUGAGCGGCAGGUGGUGCGCCUCCGAGGUAGACAAGGAUCUUAAUGUGCUGUCAAUUAUAUCCUGCCCGACUAUGCCCCUUGAAACUGAACAGGCACCGUCUGUGAACACUAGUGAAUCCCCAGCUCCAACUGAAGUGCCACCUCUAUGUGUUCCCUUCCGACACGGAGAAGAAAUCGUGAGCGGAUGCGUUGGCGAAGAAGGGGAGGAGCAGAUGAUCGAAAUAGAGGGAGAAGGAGUGAUAAACAGGGGGACAGUGAGCGGCAGAUGGUGCGCCUCCGAGGUAGACGAGAAUCUGAAUGUGCUGUCAAUUAUAUCCUGCCCGACUAUACCUACUCCAACUGAAGUGCCACCGCUAUGUGUUCCCUUCCGAUACGGAGAAGAAAUCGUGAGCGGAUGCGUUGGCGAAGAAGGGGAGGAGCAGAUAAUCGAGAUGGAGGGAGAGGGAGGAGUGAUAAACAGGGGGACAGUGAGCGGCAGAUGGUGCGCCUCCGAGGUAGACAAGAAUCAGAAUGUGCUGUCAAUUAUACCCUGCCCGACUAUGCCCAACGCAACUGAACAGCAACCACCAGUGACUGCCAGUGAAUCCCCAGUUGAAACUGAACAGCCACCAUCUGUGACCAGUGAAUCCCCAGCUCCAACUGAGGUGCCACCGCUAUGUGUUCCCUUCCGACACGGAGAAGAAAUCGUGAGCGCAUGCGUUGGCGAAGAAGGGGAGGAGCAGAUGAUCGAAAUAGAGGGAGAAGGAGGAGUGAUAAACAGGGGGACAGUGAGCGGCAGAUGGUGCGCCUCCGAGGUAGACAAGGAUCUGAAUGUGCUAUCAAUUAUAUCCUGCCCGACUAUGCCCCACGCAACUGAACAGCAACCACCAGUGAUUUCCAGUGAAUCCCCAGUUGAAACUGAACAGGCACCGUCUGUGAAGACUAGUGAAUCCCCAGCUCCAGCUGAAGUGCCACCACUAUGUGUUCCCUUCCGACACGGAGAAGAAAUCGUGAGCGGAUGCGUUGGCGAAGAAGGGGAGGAGCAGAUAAUCGAAAUAGAGGGAGAAGGAGGAGUGAUAAACAGGGGGACAGUGAGCGGCAGAUGGUGCGCCUCCGACGUAGACAAGAAUCUGAAUGUUCUGUCAAUUAUAUCCUGCCCGACUAUGCCCCUUGAAACUGAACAGGCACCGUCUGUGAACACUAGUGAAUCCCCAGCUCCAACUGAAGUGCCACCACUAUGUGUUCCCUUCCGACACGGAGAAGAAAUCGUGAGUGGAUGCGUUGGCGAAGAAGGGGAGGAGCAGAUAAUCGAAAUGGAGGGAGAAGGAGGAGUGAUAAACAGGGGGACAGUGAGCGGCAGAUGGUGCGCCUCCGAGGUAGACGAGAAUCAGAAUGUGCUGUCAAUUAUACCCUGCCCGACUAUGUCCAACGCAACUGAACAGCAACCACCAGUGACUGACAGUGAGUCCCCAGUUGAAACUGAACAGCCACCAUCUGUGUCCAGUGAAUCCCCAGCUCCAACUGAGGUGCCACCGCUAUGUGUUCCCUUCCGACACGGAGAAGAAAUCGUGAGCGGAUGCGUUGGCGAAGAAGGGGAGGAGCAGAUGAUCGAAAUAGAGGGAGAAGGAGGAGUGAUAAACAGGGGGACAGUGAGCGGCAGAUGGUGCGCCUCCGAGGUAGACGAGAAUCAGAAUGUGCUGUCAAUUAUAUCCUGCCCGACUAUGCCCAACGUAACUGAACAGCAACCAUCAGUGACUUCCCCAGUUGAAACUGAACAGGCACCGUCUGUGAACACUAGUGAAUCCCCAGCUCCAACUGAAGUGCCACGUCUAUGUGUUCCCUUCCGACACGGAGAAGAAAUCGUGAGCGGAUGCGUUGGCGAAGAAGGGGAGGAGCAGAUAAUCGAAAUGGAGGGAGAAGGAGGAGUGAUAAACAGGGGGACAGUGAGCGGCAGAUGGUGCGCCUCCGAGGUAGACGAGAAUCUGAAUGUGCUGUCAAUUAUACCCUGCCCGACUAUGCCCAACGCAACUGAACAGCAACCACCAGUGACUUCCAGUGAAUCCUCAGUUGAAACUGAACAGCCACCAUCUGUGGCCAGUGAAUCCCCAGCUCCAACUGAAGUGCCACCACUAUGUGUUCCCUUCCGACGCGGAGAAGAAAUCGUGAGCGGAUGCGUUGGCGAAGAAGGGGAGGAGCAGAUAAUCGAAAUGGAGGGAGAAGGAGGAAUGAUAAAUAGGGGGACAGUGAGCGGCAGAUGGUGCGCCUCCGAGGUAGACGAGAAUCUGAAUGUGUUAUCAAUUAUAUCCUGCCCGACUAUGCCCCUUGAAACUGAACAGGCACCGUCUGUGAACACUAGUGAAUCCCCAGCUCCAAAUGAAGUGCCACCUCUAUGUGUUCCCUUCCGAUACGGAGAAGAAAUCGUGAGCGGAUGCGUUGGCGAAGAAGGGGAGGAGCAGAUAAUCGAAAUAGAGGGAGAAGGAGGAGUGAUAAACAGGGGGACAGUGAACGGCAGAUGGUGCGCCUCCGAGGUAGACGAGAAUCUGAAUGUUCUGUCAAUUAUAUCCUGCCCGACUAUGCCCCUUGAAACUGAACAGGCACCGUCUGUGAACACUAGUGAAUCCUCAGCUCCAACUGAAGUGCCACCUCUAUGUGUUCCCUUCCGAUACGGAGAAGAAAUCGUGAGCGGAUGCGUUGGCGAAGAAGGGGAGGAGCAGAUAAUCGAAAUAGAGGGAGAAGGAGGAGUGAUAAACAGGGGGACAGUGAACGGCAGAUGGUGCGCCUCCGAGGUAGACGAGAAUCUUAAUGUGCUGUCAAUUAUAUCCUGCCCGACUAUGCCCCACGCAACUGAACAGCAACCACCAGUGACUGACAGUGAAUCCCCAGUUGAAACUGAACAGCCACCAUCUGUGACCAGUGAAUCCCCAGACAUAACUGAAGAAGCAGCAUCAGUGAGUUCCGGUGAAGCCCUAGUUCAAACUGAACAGCCACCGUCACUGACCGCCAGUAAAGGCAACCACACGGAAACACCCAUUGAAAGAACAGAGUCACGCUCAGGACUGCUUGAAACUGUUAGUGAAGAACCGCCACAAGUGACCUACAGUGAAAGUCCAGUAUAUGCGGUGACAGUCGAUGGCAAGAUCUGCGUUUUCCCAUUCACGUGGAAAGGAGUUUCCUACAGCAACUGCACAACCGUUGAGCGUCGCAUUCCGUGGUGUGCAACGCAACUCAACGAGAGAAGGGAGCCUGUGUCGAGUGGAUAUUGCAAAGACACGCUGAUGGGCCCCGUGCCGUCCGAGCCGCCGCCCUUUGAGCCGGACGAGAGAGUGACCAACACAAGCAAGUGCAAGUUCCCGUUCGUGUACAAGGGUAUGACGUACUUCACAUGCACGAGAGAGGACUGGCUGAUCCCUUGGUGCGCCCUGGAUGUGGACCGCAACAGACGGCCGACGCGCGUGGGAUGUUGCCAUGGUCAAGAUGGCGUUCCUUUCCACUCCUUGCAGACGGAAGGACCAGGAGGAAUCUCCCCAACGCAGCUAACGGUGGGGGGCGAGCAGUGCAUCUUCCCCUUCCAACACGACGGGGAGUGGCACUAUUCCUGCGUGCCUUCGGAGGAGCAGGGCCGCGAACAGGGUCAAGGCAAAGGGCGUUCUUGGUGUGUGACCCGCGUCGACGCCUUCGCCCAGCCUAUCGCCGCGGACUACUGCGUCGAGUCAUCUACGCAAGCUUCGGUUUCUCUGGCUGAUGAGCGCCGAACAACGGACGGGCUUGUGUGCGUCUUCCCCUUCUGGCACCAAGGGCGUUGGUUCAAGGACUGCACGAGGACUGACGCCGAGGAGGACCCCUGGUGCGCUACGGAGAUCGAUGCGCAUGGCGCUGUCUUGAAGGCUGGGAAAUGCCGUCAGGAUACCGCAGUCGCCGGGCAGACAUGUAAGGCACGAGUUGGAAUGGAAAACGAUGCUGAUCGGGGCGACGACGUGGCGACGGAGACGGCCUCCGGCGUGCCGUGCGUGUUCCCGUUCGUGCACCGCGGCCGCAGGUACUGCCAGUGCACCUCCGUCGACGAGAGGGCCCCCUGGUGCGCCACCCGCGUCGACGGCGCCCGUCGCGUCAUCGCCGGGGCCUACUGCACCGAGAACAGAACGCACGAAGACGUUGACAUGGCCGGGGAGCCAAAGCAAACGGCAGAUGGGUCGAGGUGCGUGUUCCCUUUCUAUUACAAGGGCAACAGGUACAGCAAGUGUCACCCCAUCGAGCGAGCCAAGUCGUGGUGCCCCGUUAUGGUGAAUGCGAGGCUGGAGCCACUGCAGAGCGGUUAUUGUGAUGAUGGCACGAGCGAAUUCCCCUGGAGACCGCCGCCAGUUGUCUUGGGCUUGACCAUGACCGUGAAUCUGGGGCCCUGCGUGUUCCCGUUCUGGUACAAGGGUGAGGUACACGAACGGUGCACGUGCAAGGAUGCCCCCGCGUGCUGGUGCCCGACCUCGCUCAACGACAACCGCGAGCCAGCUGUUACCGACUACUGCAAGGGGCUGUUGGAGGGCCCCGUGCCUGAGGUUUCGCCGCCAGCCCUCGGCGCGGACGCCGCCACGACCGUGGAGGGGCGCCCGUGCGUGUUCCCUUUCCGCUUCGGCGACGUGAUCUACACGCGGUGCGCCGAGGCGUCGCGCGGGGCCCCCUGGUGCGCCACGCAGGUCGACGCGGCGCUGCGCCCCGUCAGGAGCGGCUUCUGCAAGGGUAUCGGCGAUGCAAGCGAUGAGUCUCCGGAAGUCUUAUCAGAGGGAAAUUAACAGGUCGCUCGUGACGCGGAAAGCAGACCGCAGACCUCUCGGAAUCCGCCACAAGCUCUUCAUUUCUUCGGCCGACCUGCAGGAUGCUUGGGUAGUAUAGAGAGAUAUUUAUAUUCAUGUGUCAUGAUUUGUUCAUUCUGAUUCUUAAAUUCUGUGUUAAAUGAGUGGAGAAAAUUGUGGUAAUUAUGUACAAGUGUACGAACAGGGUUGUGAUUUAUUUGAUGUGAUGAGAGAAGCAAAAGUUAUAACGUGAAUUGUAAUAUUGAGAAUGAAGCUAAUGUGACUUGCUGUGUCUCUCUCUGGCUUUGUUUCUCUCUCUUUCUAUUUUCCCCUUUCCCCUCUCUCUCUCUUUCUAUCUCACCCCUCCCCUCUCUCUCUCUUUC